GCAUGGCUGGGGAACUGGACUGCGACUGUCAGGCCUUAUGAAUAAACACUUUUGUAUUGCAUUUGAAUUUCAUAACCCAUUGAUUGAGUGAUCAUUGAUUGACAAACACUUCGCCACGAAAUCUAAUCAUGAAUUUCGUGACAAUUGCCUCCAUUUCCCUACUGUUCCUAUGGAUGAGCGCAUCCACGCAAUCGGCUCUCUGUCCCGACCAGAAGACCCAAUGCGGCGAUGAUAUGACGUGUUGUAAGUGGUCUUCAGGCAACUAUGGCUGCUGUCCGCUGGCAUCGGCUCAGUGUUGCGCCGAUGGUCUCCACUGCUGUCCAAAUGGGACCAAAUGUAACGAUAAAGAGGGCACUUGUGAUGAACUAACCGCUCAAACGCCACAACGACUGCCACUAACGGUAGGCCAACAGUCCUCUGGUGUCUGUCCCGAUAAGAACCAGACGUGUCUGCAGUACGAGACCUGUUGUAAAGAGAAAAGCGGUUCCUAUGGCUGCUGUCCAUAUCAAUUAGGUGUCUGUUGCAGUGAUCUCCUGCACUGUUGCCCUCACGGCACCCGAUGUGACCUAAUCCACAAGGAGUGCGUCCGCGCAGAGGUGAACAAAAUGGGGACCACAGACACCGACAACAGUCUGACCACAAGAAUGCGUUUAAUAGGCUUCGAGGCGACAAACGUGACGCGAGUGGUGUGUCCGGGCAGUCGGUACACCUGUCCCGACAACAACACCUGCUGUCACAUAAGUGCCUCGCAGUGGGGCUGUUGUCCACUCCUAAACGCCGUGUGCUGUCGGGAUGGCAUACAUUGCUGUCCGUCGGGCACCACGUGUACGACAACCGGUUGUCAAUGAGUGAGAAAAAUAGACUUUUAAUCUCGAAAAAUAUGUAUCAGUUUUGACCGCAAAAAAUACACCGAUUCUCUAGUGGUUAGACAAUGAGCUCUAAUAACCAG